UAAGGUUACAUCAUGGCCGCACCUGUUCUCUAUCACCUGCUGGCGACCCUUGCCCCGGGGCUCCGCCCCCUCCACGCCGCAUAAAAGGGAGCGCGGAGCGGCGCUCUGGGUUCUGCACCGCGGACCCCGGGGACCAGACUCUGACGCCAGGAUGACCAAGCUGACGGCUGUGGCAGGCCUGUGCCUGCUGGUGUGCCACCUAGCAACCUCCUCGCAGAUGGUCUGCUACUUUACCAACUGGUCCCAGUACCGACCCGGCGCUGGCAAAUACAUGCCCCAGAACGUGGACCCCUUCCUGUGCACCCACCUGAUCUACGCCUUCUCCAUCAUCAACCCCAGCAACCAGCUGGUCACCUACGAGUGGAACGACGAGACGCUCUACAAGGCCUUCAACGGCCUGAAGAGCAAGAACCCCAGCCUGAAGACCUUGCUGGCCGUCGGGGGAUGGAACUUCGGCUCCACUCAGUUCUCCAUCAUGGUCUCCACUCCAGCCAACCGCCAGACCUUCAUCCAGUCUUCCAUCAAGUUCCUGAGGACCCACGGCUUCGACGGCCUGGACCUGGACUGGGAGUAUCCCGGCUCCCGUGGCAGCCCCCCCGAGGACAAGAGGAGGUUCACGCUGCUCUGCAAGGAGCUGGUGGAGGCCUACGCUGCCGAGGCCAAGGCCACAGGCCGACCUCGGCUCAUGCUGACGGCAGCCGUGUCGGCCGGCAAGGGGACCAUCGACGCGGGAUAUGAAAUCGCAGAGAUCGCCAAGUACUUGGACUUCAUCAACGUGAUGACCUACGACUUCCACGGGACCUGGGAGACGGUGACCGGACACAACAGCCCGCUGUACCGCGGCUCACAUGACACCGGUGACCUGGUCUACUUCAACACGGACUACGCCAUGAGGUACUGGAGAGACCAGGGAACGCCGGUGGACAAGCUGAGGAUGGGCUUCGCCACCUACGGCCGCACCUUCCGCCUGAGCACCUCCAGCAGCGGCGUGGGCGCCCCGGCCAGCGGCGCGGCGGUGGCCGGACCCUACACCCGCGAGGCCGGCUUCUGGUCCUACUACGAGAUCUGCACCUUCCUGAAGGGAGCGUCCGUGCAGUGGAUCGACGACCAGCAGGUGCCGUACGCCAGCAAGAACAGCGAGUGGGUGGGAUACGACAACCGGCAGAGCUACGACGUGAAGGUCCGCUACGUGAAGGACAUGAAGUUCGGCGGCGUGUUCGUGUGGGCCUUGGACCUGGACGACUUCAACGGCGACUUCUGUGGGGAGGGAAAGCACCCCCUGCUGGCUCACCUGAAGAAGCUGGUCCAGUCAGACCUGCCUCCGCUGCCCGUCACCACCACCACCAAACCCAGCGUCACCACCGGAGGGCCGGGCACCACCACCACCCACCGGCCCAGCACCACCACCACGCGCCCCGUGCCCGGCCAGGGCUUCUGCGCCGACAAAGCCAACGGCCUGUACCCGCACCCAGAGGACCCCGCCGCCUUCUACGAGUGCGUGAACGGGAAGACCUACGAGAAGAGGUGCGGCAACGGCACCGUGUUCGGCGAGGCCUGCAAGUGCUGCACCUGGCCCUGAGGCCGCUGGUCACAAUAA